UUCUCAAUUCGGCUUCUACUAUUCUUCGUACUGACGUUCGACUACAUUUGUCUACCUGGAAGGAUCGCACUUUGCUUGUCUUGCUUACACCUCGGUUUCUACCUGCCCGCCUUCUUCGAACAUUCGUCUAAGUUAGCUCCGCCCGAACAAAACACCCUUCCAUCAUCACCUCCACCAAACCUCACAACAUCUCCCCACCACCACAAACAAUGUCCUCCGACGCGCUCGCAGUCUUCCGCAAGGGCUUGGGACCCGACCUCAACGCCCUCGCCGAGAAACACCUCCAACAUGACCUCCGCCAAUCCGACCGCGACGCCCUCGUCUCCGCCGCCAGCACCGUAACAACCCACACCACCCUCGGCUCCCUCCUCGGCCUCACCCUCAGCAGCCUCCUCGCCCUCCGCCUCCGCCGCUCCCGCGCCGCCCUCUUCCGCGCCUUCAAGUCCGUCGAGAAACCCCACUCCGUACGUUUCGCCGACGGCAGGGAAGAGGUGCUACCGGACAUGACAUCCCUCAUGCGUCCUUCGAAAGUCGGGGAUGUGGCGACUUUCGCGCUGUUGGGGAUGGGAGGACUGUUCUUGGGAGGGGAGGUGGGAUUGUUGACGGGGAGUUUUCGCGCGAGACAGGGUAUUGGGAAGGAUCGGGAGGGGAGAGAUCGCAUUGCGGGGGCGUUUAAGAAGUUUCGGGCGGAUGCGUUGAGGAAGCAGGCGGAGGAUUUGGAGAGGGAUGCGGAUGCUGGGGAGGGGAGGUGGAUUUGA